GCCAGUGUUUGAAAUCAAAAAGUGGAGAUGAAGCUGAGCUUCGCUCCGUCAUCAUUCGCUUCCAUAAUCACUCCAAUCUUCACCCAAUCCAAAAUCCACACCCGACCCAUUUCAUAUUCCUCCAUUUCAACCCGACCCACUUCGCUUAAACCCAAAACCCCUUUGUUUUUAAGGCCCCCCACCUACUCAACUACCGUUUCUGAGCUUCAAAAAUGGCACAACUGGGCUCAAACCCUAGCCUCUUCAGUGGGAUCCACUUUCUUGGAAUCUGACAAUGGACCCACCUCAGAAAACUUGAAAAGAGAGGUUGUUUGGCUGUUAGAAGACGUUCUUGAAAACCCCAAAUCGAAUUUGAUUGAUAAUUGUGGUUUUAAUGAUGGGGGUGAUUUUGUGAAAUUGAGGGUUGAAUUGGGUGAUUUGUAUGUUUUGUGGAAGCAGAGAGUUGAGGAGAGAAGGCCAUUUCAGUAUGUGGUUGGGUGUGAGCAUUGGAGGGACUUGGUGUUGAGUGUGGAAGAAGGGGUUUUGAUUCCGAGGCCCGAGACGGAGAAGAUUGUUGAUUUGGUGAGUGAUAUCAUUGAGGGGAAUGAGAUGUUGAAGGAGGGAUUGUGGGCUGAUUUAGGGACCGGGAGUGGAGCUCUUGCUAUCGGGAUUGGGAGGGUUUUAGGGAGUAAUGGGAGGGUUAUUGCUAGUGAUUUGAGUGACAUUGCGGUUCGAGUUGCUUCUUUUAAUGUGCAGAGGUAUAAUUUGCAGGAUAAAAUUGUAAUAAGGCAAGGUUCAUGGUUCGAGCCUCUCAAGGAGGCUGAAGGGGAACUUGCCGGCCUUGUAAGUAAUCCACCAUACAUCCCGAGCGGGCACAUCAGUGGGCUACAAGCUGAGGUUGCAAAAUAUGAACCAAGACUUGCGCUUGAUGGCGGUGAGGAUGGGAUGGGUGACCUGCUCCAGCUUUGCACUGGAGCUGCUUCCAUGUUAAGACCUGGUGGAUAUUUUGCAUUUGAGACAAACGGAGAAGAUCAGUGCAAAUUUCUUUUGAAUCACAUGGAAACCAAAACUAAAGGUGUAUUCUAUGACCUAAAGAUUGUUUCUGAUUUUGCGGGUAUACAACGAUUUGUUACUGGAUUUAAAGUGAAGUAGUCAGCAUCCUCUCCGCAGAAUGAGUGUGGCCAUUUUUGUAGAGAUCAACUGCUUAUAAUAUUAUAUAGAGAAUUUAUUUGAGGACACUUGCCAUAUUGAUAGUUAUGCCUCAAAUGUUUAGGUUUUUUGUGUAACUGAGCAAUGCAAUCAUAUUACCGAGUCCCUGUGGGUUCUUGGCACUGUAGCAAGUUGUUAUACAAGCCAAUAGUAAAGUUGCCGGUCAUGGUUUAUCUUUCUUAUCUGA